AGUGCGAGUGCGCCGUGCGAGGCCCGCGGACGCCCGCCCAUCCCCCAAACCCCCGCUCCCGCGCCGCCCCCUCCCCUCCUAGCGAGAGUCGGCGGUAGCGGCGGCGGCUGCAGAGAUUGGAAUCCGCCUGCCGGGCUUGGCUAAGGAGGGAGUAGGGAGGAGGACCAAGGGCGGGCAGGAAGGCUUGGGCUCGGCGCGUCCGUCCGCGCGAGGCGAAGAUCGCACAGCCCGCUCGAGGGGCAGCCGGGCCGGGGCCGCUGCAAGCCGAGGGCGGAGGCCGAGCCGGGCCCCGCUUUGCCCCGGCGGCUCGCCGCGCCCACCCGCUCCGUGCCGAGGGCUGGAGGAUGCGUUCCCCGGGGUCCGGACUUAUGGAAAUAUGCAUCAGUUUAAUACUGUCUUGGAAUUCAUGAGAUGGAAGCAUAGGUCAAAGCUGUUCGGAGAAAAUUGGAAGUAAAGUUUUACCUAGCCACAUCUUGGAGGAGUCGGGAGAAAGCCGUGGGAGCUGAAGUCAUUGUCGAGUGCUCGCGAUCUUCUACAAGAAAAUCUCACCAAAUGAUAGUCGUUUAAAUUAGUGAAGUAGCAAGACCAGUUAUUAAAGGUGACAGUGUACAGGAAACAUUGCAAUUGAACAAUGACUCAGCUAUAUAUUUACAUCAGUUUAUUGGGAUCCUAUCUGUUCAUCAUUUCUCGUGUUCAAGGACAGAAUCUAGACAGUAUGCUCCAUGGCACUGGGAUGAAAUCAGACUCUGACCAGAAGAAGUCAGAAAAUGGAGUAACCUUGGCACCAGAGGAUACCUUGCCUUUUUUAAAGUGCUAUUGCUCAGGGCACUGCCCGGAUGAUGCUAUUAAUAACACAUGCAUAACUAAUGGACAUUGCUUUGCCAUCAUAGAAGAAGAUGACCAGGGAGAAACCACAUUAGCUUCAGGGUGUAUGAAAUAUGAAGGAUCUGAUUUUCAGUGCAAAGAUUCUCCGAAAGCCCAGCUACGCCGGACAAUAGAAUGUUGUCGGACCAAUUUGUGUAACCAGUAUUUGCAACCCACACUGCCCCCUGUUGUCAUAGGUCCAUUUUUUGAUGGCAGCAUUCGAUGGCUGGUUUUGCUCAUUUCUAUGGCUGUCUGCAUAAUUGCUAUGAUCAUCUUCUCCAGCUGCUUUUGUUACAAACAUUAUUGCAAGAGCAUCUCAAGCAGACGUCGUUACAAUCGUGAUUUGGAACAGGAUGAAGCAUUUAUUCCAGUUGGAGAAUCACUAAAAGACCUUAUUGAUCAGUCACAAAGUUCUGGUAGUGGGUCUGGACUACCUUUAUUGGUUCAGCGAACUAUUGCCAAACAGAUUCAGAUGGUCCGGCAAGUUGGUAAAGGCCGAUAUGGAGAAGUAUGGAUGGGUAAAUGGCGUGGCGAAAAAGUGGCUGUCAAAGUAUUUUUUACCACUGAAGAAGCCAGCUGGUUUCGAGAAACAGAAAUCUACCAAACUGUGCUAAUGCGCCAUGAAAACAUACUUGGUAGGUACACACUGAUUCAGUCAAUUUCAUGUUUGACAAGGCUAGUGGGAUGUAGGUGGAAGCCUCCAUAUCCCAACAUGCUGCUUCAUUAUCAACUAUUUUAUUCUUGGCCCUCAACUUGGACAUUGGCUUUCUUUUGUUUCAGUGACACAAAUGAAGUUGAUGUGCCUUUGAAUACCAGGGUGGGCACCAAACGCUACAUGGCUCCAGAAGUACUGGAUGAAAGCCUGAACAAAAACCACUUCCAGCCCUACAUCAUGGCUGACAUCUACAGCUUUGGCCUGAUCAUUUGGGAGAUGGCUCGUCGUUGUAUCACAGGAGGGAUCGUGGAAGAGUACCAAUUGCCAUAUUACAACAUGGUACCGAGUGAUCCGUCAUAUGAAGAUAUGCGUGAGGUUGUGUGUGUCAAACGUUUGCGGCCAAUUGUUUCUAAUCGGUGGAACAGUGAUGAAUGUCUACGAGCAGUUUUGAAGCUAAUGUCAGAGUGCUGGGCCCACAAUCCAGCCUCGAGACUCACAGCAUUGAGAAUCAAGAAGACACUUGCCAAGAUGGUUGAAUCCCAAGAUGUAAAAAUCUGACGGUUAAACCAUGGGAGGAGAAACUCUAGACUGCAAGAACUGUUUUUACCCAUAGAAUGGAUGGAAUUAGAGUGGAAUAAGGAUGUUAACUUGGUUCUCUGACUCUUCACUAUGUGUUCACAGGCUGCUAAUAUUAAACCUUUCAAUACUCUUAUUAGAAUACAAGCUGGGAACUUCUAAAUACUUCAUUCUUUAUAUAUGGACAGCUUUUAAAUGUGGUUUUUGAUGCCUUUUUAAAAAUGGGUUUUUAUGAACUGCAUCAAGACUUCAAUCCUGAUUAAUGUCUCCAGUCAAUCUCUGGGUACUGAAUUGCCUGUUCAUAAAACGGUGCUUUCUGUGAAAGCCUUAAGAAGAUAAAUGAGUGCAGCAGAGAUGGAGAAACAGACUUUGCCUUCUACCUGAGACAUUCAGCACGUUUGUAUUCUACCUUUGUAAAACAGCCUAUAGAUGAUGAUGUGUUUGGGAUACUGCUCAGUUUAUGAUAGUUUGUCCUGCCUUCCUUAAUGAUGUGUGUGUGCACUCACAUGCACGCCAGGAUUCCUCUGCUGCCAUCUGAAUUAGAAGAAAAUAAUUUAUAUGCAUGCACAGGAACAUAUUGGUGGCCGGUGGUUUUGUGCUUUAAAAAUGCAAUAUCUGACCAAGAUUCGCCAAUCUCAUACAAGCCAUUUACCUUACAAGUGAUAGCUUCCCCACUAGCUUUAUUUUUUAAUGUGAAAGGAUACAAAGGCCAAAAGAAGUUUAAAGCAUCUGUAAAUUUGGACUGUUUUUCUUCUACCACGAUUUUUUUUGUAGUCGUUAUUUUUGUCAUGGAAAGCAUCCUCUCCAAAGUUGGAACUUCCAAUGCCAUGAACCAUGCUUACUAAGAAAGCACUUCUUAUUGAAGUGAAUUCCUGCAUUUGAUAGCAAUGUAAGUGCCUAUAACCGUGUUCUGUAUUCUUUAUUCUCAGUAACUUUUAAAAGGGAAGUUAUUUAUAUUUUGUGUAUAAUGUGCUUUAUUUGCAAAUCACCCACUCCUUUAUAACCGUACUUUAUAUAUGUACAUACAUUCAUACUGUAGAAGCCAGCUCAUGUGUACCUCACAUCCCAUCCUUAAGGGAAGGAAUGUUAUAAGUAGAACUAAAUAUGGAUUUUGAGAAUUAAUGCAUUCAAAGUAAUAUAUCAAAUCCAGGACUUUGUUAACUUCAGGCAAAAACUUCAUUAGGGUAAUAUCAUCUCAGUUUUUCUAAAUGAAAGGAUUCUCUAAUUAGAAAUUCAUAUGUCAGAACUGUUAUAAAUUUAUCAACUGUUAAAUAUGUCUUGAGAUUUUUUGUUUUUUGAUUUGUUUCCUAACUUGUGAAGACAAUGAAAAAUCAGGCAGAAAUAUUAAGUAUGUAGUCACUAUCUGUAGUUACACUGUAUAACUUUUUCAAUAAAAUGGUACAUAUUUUAUAGAUGCCUUGUUAUCUCAAGAAAUAAUUCUGGUUUACAUGAACUUAUUAAACUUCUGUAAUGCCUUUUAAAUAUUAAUCUCCUAGUCUGAGCAUACAACUCACGGGUACAUCAAGUGAGAUCAUUUUCUUUGAUUAUAACAUAAAUGUGAUUAUAUCACAACAUAGUUAAAAAGGUUUAAAUUAAACGGGAGGAAAUUGGCAUGUGUCCACCCAUUACCAAAAUUUGACUUUCAUUUAAGGCUAAAACUUAAAAAUUUGUAUGUACAUCAAAUCUCACAAAUUUGAAACUCGCCUUAACCAUUUUUUAAUAAGGUUCAUCUACCAUAAUUAAAGUCUGAAGUGGUUAUCAAGAUAAAUAAAUUGGCAUAUGGCUAAUACCCAGUAACACUUUUUCAGAGUUUUUCCCCAUAUGUAUACUGAGAAAUAAAAAUAUUUUAAUCUAAGUUGCUAUGUGAUUUGAUCACACUUAGAACAUCCAAAUUACUUAAAAUUAACCUUGGUUUACUUUUGACUUGAUACCAUAAGUCUUUAAAAUCAUUUAUCUUAAUAAAAUAUAUAAUGACAGGCAAAUUUUAUUCUUGGAAAUGUUCAGAUGGUAUAUGGAUGCAAAAAAUUACAGCCAGUAUAUGAGCCCACUAUUACGGUUUUUAAAAAUUAACUUGGUCUAGUAAAAGUGAUAUCAAGAGUUAACCUUUAGAAACUUGUUCAGUAACUACAUUUUCUGGUAUAACGUUCUUUAAAAAGCAAGUCUGCCAUCUUUAGAAUCUUAAAAAUCUAAAAAUGUUGCAUUAAACUUAGUUUUUGUCUCUCUACUCUUAUUCUUAAAUCUGAAGUCAUUGAGUAAGUGAAAUAUUUAAAGAAUAGACCAGCAAGAAGUAUUAUAUAGUACCAUAGUUAGUAAAUUUGUAAAACCCUGGAAGCCAUUAUUUGGUCCCAUUUGCAAUUUAGUGUUUUUAAAAUGUGUAGCUUCAUUCAGAUACCUCUUUAAAUCAUUAAAAUAUAAAAGCAAACAAAAACCCCAGACUACCUGACUAUAAACAGCAAAAGUUAACCGUCAAAGAGAGUUCUCCUUGUGAACUAUCUUUAUGCUGGCAAAGAGCUCUAGGAUUAUAGGCACAUUAGGGUUUGCUCCAGUUUGUUUAUCCUAAGCUGUUACUGUGCUUUCUUAUCGAACAAGUUUCUGAUGUAUAAAACUUGAAUCCGAUUUCUUGGGAAAUAUUUUCACAAAAAUUGUUUUACUAUUUUACAUUUCCUUUCCAGUGCCCAGAAGUGUUUCUAAACUUAGAAAGUGACCUAUAGUUUUUUAAAAUUAUGUUUUCCUAGAACAUGCCAGAUUCUGAUUUACUCAAUCAAUACUUUUUUUCAGAUGCUUUGUUCUGUUUAGAACAAAAAUGCACUAUAGUUUUUAAAAAGUCAUUCAUUUUAUAAAACUGACACACACUUCUGUAGAUGUUGUUUUGAAAUGUUUCUAAAUAUCUAAAAUUAUUUCAACAGCAGAAAUACUGAUUUUUAUUUUAACAAAAAAAUUAUUAUAGCCCUCGUAAUGUUUAAAGUAGUCGUAUUUAUUACUGACUUGAGUCAGGCAUUAAAAUAGCAGUGCCACAGCUCAUCUCUUGCCUCAGUGCUGCUGUGAGAGUCACAGCAGAAACUAAAGGGAGGAGGCGCAUUCAUAAGAACCAAAAUCCAGGGCAGCAUCCUGUGAAGCCACGUGUAAUGAUGGUCUCAUAAGGAAAGUAUGUGAAUAUGGCUCUUGCAAAGGAUUAAAUCUUGUAAUUUUUAGCUUAUGCUCUGUAGCCUGCUUUCUAGGGAAUUAUUUAAGCCCUUUUAGUGACCUUUGUCCUGACCCAUUUAAAAACUAAAAUGUAGUGUAUAUUGUAUAUUAUAGCUUCAUUAGGGAAAACUGUACAUAGGCAUUGAAAGAAGGGUAAAAGCAAGCAGUUUUAUCAUGCAAUUGUAAAACACCAAAAAUGUAGAUUUGUCUUUGAUAUGUAACACACUAAAUGUAUUUUGUACAGCAUCUGGUUUCAAAGGUGCCUUACUAAGUUUACUAUUACUUGCUUUGUUCUAUAUACAGAUUAUGUCCAAUGUAUCAUUUUUAAGUAAAUAACCUUAUUUUAGUA